AUGCAAGGUUUUUCGGUGGUUUAACUAUAGAAUAAAAUUCUUGAUACAAUUGUAAAUAAUAUAAUACUGUUAUUGUUAUGUAAUUUGUGUUAUACUGAAGCUAAUUUAAUGAUGGAGUGGUUGCCUAUAUCAUCGUGCAUUUUGCAUAUGGCGUAAUUUAUGUUGGCAUUCUAGUCAACGGCCAUUUAAAUGAAGUGACGUGUGUUUGUUUGUGGUGUGCGUGCGUCGUCGUUUGUUUUGGCAUUAUUUUGUAAAUAAUACGUGUUAUCUGCGUGCAAAGUCAUCUGAUUGAAGGUUUGGUUGGGCGACGAGCUAUGCAUCCGAAUCGUCGUCGAAAAAAGCGCCCCAAUUAUGGGAUCCGCACCGUCGAAGUUAUGCGUGGCCCCAACGGAUUCGGUUUCACGAUUUCCGGCCAACAGCCUUGCAUUCUCUCCUGCAUAGUUUCCAAUUCGCCAGCAGAUCAGGCCGGCCUUCGGGCGGGCGACUUCCUCAUCUCUGUUAACGGGGUUUCCGUUUCCAAGAUCACCCAUGAUGCUGUGGUGAAUCUUAUUGGCAACAGUAUUGGUCCCAUUAAGAUGACCAUUGCUGAGAACUACUAUUCAGAUAGUUCAGAUGAGGAUAUAACUGUGGGUCGAAUGGUCAACUCUAGAAAACCCAAGUAUUUGGGGAAACCCCGUAUGCAUAGGGGCUAUAAACAUGAAGUGCAUAAGAAGGUCCCCAAGAAAGAUGAUAAUUAUGAGGAUGUUGCAUGCAGCCUACCUGUCUCCAAUCCCAUGGAGGAGGAAGGUGGUCCUAUAGAGUAUAAAGCUAUUGUUGGCUAUUUAGGCACUAUAGAGAUGCCCAAACAAUUGUUGCCCAACUCUCGACUUCAAACAGUUUGUGGGUGCAUCAAGAAACUCAGACAGGAGAAGCGUAAACCAACCACUGUGUUAAUGACAAUUCUGCCAACUUGUCUAACAUUGAAAAAUUCCUCCAAUAAUAUAUUAGCCAUUUACCCGACAAAUCGCGUUGUUUACAUUAGUUCCUCAAUGGACAAAGAUUCUCGAUAUUUCGGAUUAGUAACUAGCGCCGUUUGCGAGAAUGUGCAGAAGAAAUGCGAAACAUCUUACACUAAUGUUUGGAACUCUGAGAAGAAAUGCAAUAACGACGAAAAAGGAGCAAUCGAGGUGUCGAACAGUUGCCAUGUAUUUGUCACUGAUCCUAAAUACAUUGAUCAUAAUCUCCACACGAAAGAAGCUGAGAACUUUAGAAUCAGUUGCACAAAUGAUGUUAUUACCGGAUACUGUUUGGAAUUCCCGCGCAAUGCUUUGUACAUUGUAAGUUUAGUGCAGAACAUGUACAGAUUACAAAGUACUGUAGAGCCCCAUCGAAUAGUCGAGGAGCUGGUGGCGAAUUCGCCACAGCCCAGUGCUUCCAGCAAUUCAGAUUCUGGCAUCGGCUUCCGGGAUGAUUGCGGUAACGUCAGCGAUCGCAUUCUGGUUGUGGAAUUCCCAGCCAAUAGACAAAUUCAAGUCGUUCCCAACAACACCAAUAGGCCUAUCAAUAUAAUCGCAUCGAACAUCCAGCUGGAUUCGUUAGAUCUGCCACCAAUGAACAACGAUGCGAAUCUCAAUAACGUCAGAGCUAAAUUGAAUAAUAUAAGGGCUUGCGAAAAUUUAAGCAUUAAGAACGCUAUAGAUCGGGAUUACUUGGCAAAGCAGAACAAUGAAGAUGAUCUUGGAAGGUUGAAUUGCAGGGUUCUGGGAGGUCGAUGCGAAGGCGACGUCGACACAGGCCAAGUAUUCAGUGAGAGAGGAAUCGAUGUACCGUUAGAAGAAGAUUUCGAUAACGUCUCAAUGCACAGCUCGAAGAGUGCGGAGGUUUUCAAAGUCCCAGAGGUGUGUAAAAAGAGGAGCAGUAAAAGACGCAAUCUAGGCACCAGCUUUGAUAACGUUGCUGAUAAAUACGAGACUUCCCUUUUAAACUAUAAACUGAGUCCGAAAGUAUACGGGAUGGCAAAGCCAAAUUACAGUUGUGAAGAGCUGAGCAAGUUGGAGAUCGCUGAGAAGUGCGGAGGAAGCCUACAGGACCUCGCUUAUCUGGAGGGUGCAAUUGAGAGUAGACGAUUCGUCGCCCAAAGCGAACCGGAUGUUAGGAUCGAAAGAAACGGGCGGAUUUCGUGCGAGGAUAACGAAACGAUCAAAACUCCAGUCGGAGGACCCACUAAUUGGGCCGUAUCCUUCGAGAAACUACUGGAAUGUCCCGCCGGUCUUCAUACAUUCGCCGAAUUUCUGAAAAAGGAGUUCAGCGCAGAGAAUAUUUACUUCUGGACCGCUUGCGAACGGUUCCGGAAGUCACCCUCUGCUCCGGAAGCCCAACGGAUUUAUCAACAGCACCUGCGAGUCGGUGCACCUGAGGCAGUCAACGUUGACUCACAAGCACGGCAGAACGUCGAACAAGGUCUUAAACGUGUAACCGCCGAUGCUUUUUUGGCGGCCCAGAAACAAAUUUUCAAUCUGAUGAAAUUUGAUAGUUACUCGAGGUUUUUAAAGUCCGAGCUUUAUAAACAAUGCAUGCACGGUAAAUCUCUGCAGUGGCAGUUUGAUCCAAAUCUGUUGCUGCAUCCGGGCGGUGGUAAAUUAAAAAAAUCACUUUCGAAUGCGGAAGAUCGCAGGAGGAAGAGUUUGUUACCGUGGCACAGGAAGAAUAGGUCUAAAUCAAAAGAUCGCGGAGAAAUUGAAUAUCAAAAGCAAGGGGAUGUAAAUGAGAAUAUCGUUGGUCCUCAUCAGGUGGUGGCCAAUAAAAAUACUGAAGUCUCCAGCAGCCGAUCCUCCUUAACGUCUUUAGACUUGGCUAUCAGCUCCAAUGAUUCGAAAAAAAGUAAUCAGGACGAGCAGCCAGGGGGUGGUAGGGCUCUGUGUCGUGUGAAUUUGGUGAACGGAAGUUCUACAGUUGUCCAAAUUAGAGAAUCCGAAACGAUUGAGCAGCUUGUGCAUCGGCUACUAGAAAAACGAGGCAUCGUCUAUUCUUGUUUUGACGUGCAAACAAAUAAACAUCCGAAGGGUUUAAAUGUUAAUCUGCAAUCAACGAUGCUAGUGGGAUGUGAAGUAAAUGUGGAGCAGAAAGUCCACUUUAAGUUAUCACUUCCAAAUAAAACGAUUUCUGUGAAAUGCAAAUGUUCCAAGAUACUCUCCGAUGUUUUGCAACCUCUGCUACUGAAAUAUAACUACAACUUCCAAGACGUCUGCGUGAGCUCCGGUAGUAAACCCGUGGAUUGCAAAAGAUCUGUGAUCCACUUCGACAAUGCCACAUUAUCUAUUGCAAUUCCUGAACAAUCUGUACCUGAAGUAAAAUUGGCUCGUGAUGAAUUAACCAAUAAAGUAUACGAGGAUAUUUUACAAGAAAAAUCUGAGGCUACUAAACAGAAGUCUGACAAGGAUAGCGUCAAAAGUGAGGAUUGGGGCUCCGAGCAUUCCGGUCUUAUUGGGCGCUUUUUAAAACCCCGCGAUUCAGAACGCAACAGGGAUAAAAAGAAGAAGCUGGCUGGAAAAUCGAAGGGUUCAACAAACAGCAGUGUCGAGGAUGUGGCGAACUCCGAUCAGCUCAAGAAACCACUCAUCACAAAACUAAAUCCUGGCGUGAAAAUUCAGAAUACCAGUGAAAGUGAGGAACUGUAUGAAGGAUUAAGCAGAGCGCAAAGAUCUCGGUUAGAAGACCAGCGCGGCACCGAAAUAAAUUUCGAAUUGCCCGAUUUCCUUAAGGAUAAGGAAAACGACGGGAAGAGGGUUAAGCAAGAGAAAAAGGCAAUGAACGGCAAUUAUGAGAACCGUAUGAUCAUUGGCGACUAUAGUAACAACAAUCGCGUUAAUAAUUUUUGCGUUUAUCCGAUAUUCCAGGAGGAGGCGGAGGGUAGUCCUCGACCUCCUCCUUUGCCACCUAAACCUAAAAUAGCUCCCAAAUCUUUGAACAAUUGGAAUCCUAAACUGAGGAAGGACUGCUCGAAAGGAUAUCUGGAACAAGCUACAAGCAGUUUCGUGUGAUGAUAACAAUUUUAUAAAUUCACACAUACGUAUAUAUAUAUAUUUACUUGUAUAUAGAAUCU